AUGAUUGAUACAGGCGCUACUAACACAUUAAUUACUGAAAAGGCAUUAUUAUCGACCCAUCAUAAGGAAUUCACUAGCAAAUAUCCUUGGAAAUUAUAUCAGGCAGAUGGACAAACACCAUUAGAGGUCGUUGGAGUCGUUCAGUUACAAAUUCAAAUUAAAUCUACAAACACAAAUAUAUCGGCUUACGUUGUUAAACACCUUUGUACACCAUGUCUUCUUGGAACUAAGUAUAUCAACAAAUACAAAUUCAAAAUUGAUGCCGGAGCACAAACCAUCACAAUAAUUAAUAACAAAGAUGAGAUCACUACCAACAUUAUCAAACAUUCACAUUCAAUUCGCCUUCCCGUUCGUCUAAUCAAUCCUGUAAUAGUACCACCAUACGAAAACAGAAACGUCUUAGUAUCUACAGACAUUUCAACCGCAACAACGAUAUUUCAGCCGUCUUUUAAAUUAAUACAACGUACUCCGAUUCUUUUAUCGAAUAACUUUUUAAACGUACGCAAUUAUCGUACUUACAUUCUAAUACAAAAUCCUUCUUCUUUUCCACAAUAUCUAUCAAAAAAUUUAUUUGUCGGCACAAUUCAGUUACCACAAUUUUCUGAUACACUCUGUGCUUCAUCGUCAAUGGAAAGAAAUAACGACCCUAAUUCGGUGGCUGAAACUAACAUUCAUAACCUUUUAAUUCAUCUCACUGACGAAUCCCAAAAACAUGAAUUAAAAGAAACUUUUGAUCGUUAUCGAAAUAUAUUUGAUACAUUGACACCUGAUGUGGCCAAUAGUACCAUUUGUCAUGCUAUCAAUACAAUAAAUCAUCCGCCUCCUUCUUCAAAACCAUACCCUUUAUCUUACAAAAAGAAAGAAGCAUUAUUCAAUAUUGUACAAUCCUUAAUCCAAUCUGGUCAUCUUCGUGAAUCUCAUUCGUCGUAUUCCGAACCGGCAAUCCUAGUGGACAAAAAAGAUAACACGUACCGCUUAGUAAUUGACUAUAAAAAGCUCAAUUCAAUAACAAUAAAAGAUGAGUUUCCCCUUCCUAAUAUGGAGGAAACCCUCCAGGAAGUGGGAAGCGGAUAUAAUUAUUUUUCUAAACUGGAUUUGAAAUCUGGCUUUCAGCAACUACCUAUUGAUGAGAAAGAUCGUCAUAAGACAGCUUUCAGGACACCAUUUGGACUUUAUGAAUGGAACGUUUUGGCUCAAGGGCUUAAAAAUGCUCCGCCAACAUUUCAACGGGUGUUAUCAAAAUUAUUAGAAGAUUGUCGACAGUUUUGUCUCGUCUAUUUAGAUGAUAUAAUAAUUUUCUCUAAAUCUUUCGAGGAACACCGUAUACACUUAGAUCAAGUACUUUCUCGUCUACAUCGUGCUAACUUCCAACUUAAUCCACUAAAAUGUGCGAUCGCAAUAGAUUAUCUUGGUCAUCGUGUAACUCACACUGGCAUUUCGCCAUUACCAGAAAAAAUUGCGUCCAUUCUCUUGUUGAAAGAACGCAAGACGUUGAAAGAAGCUAAUAAAUUUCUGGGAGCGUUAUCCUGGUAUCGCAAGUUCAUUCCACGAUUUGCCACUACGGCUGCUCCAGUACACGCCGUUACAAAUUUGCCCAAAAAUUUGAGAUAUAAAUUCAAAUGGUCCAUAGAGCAGUCCGAUGCGUUUCAUGAAUUAAAGAAAUUAUUAACUGAAGCUCCACUCUUUCUUCAUUUUCCAAUUGAUAAUAAUCAUGUGAUCUUAUCUACCGAUGCUGCGAAAAAUGGCAUUAGUAGUGUACUUCACCAGGACGUCGAUGGUCAAAUACACAAUUUGUACUAUCAUAGUCAACUGAUAAGCAAUAUCCAGCAACGGUACGAUACGGGCGCAAAAGAAGCCCUUGCCAUUGCUUUAUCAUUUAAACGAAUGCAUCAGUUUUGA